AACAACCUUUGCAACACAAGUUCCAACCAAACCUUUCAAGUGCAAGUUCAUCAGAACCUUUUAAAGGAAAAAAAAAAAAUAUUUGAGCUAUGCUUCCAGGUGAGAUCAUUUCAGGUCUCCACUACCUAGCACCUGAAACCCCAAUUCCAGAUCCUGUUCACUUUGGCAUCAUGCAGAACAACAUGUCCUCCCUCCAUUUCAAUACUCUCUUUAGCAAUUUAUCCCAAGCUCAAAACUUUCCUGCAGGCCAUGAGUUCACUCAGCAAUCUUCAAGCCUCAGCAACAACUCCAGUACUUCUGAUGACGCUGAAGAACACCAGCACCUCAGAAUCAUUGAUGAGAGGAAGCAGAGGAGAAUGAUAUCCAAUAGAGAAUCGGCUCGGCGAUCGCGGAUGAGGAAGCAGAAACACCUGGAUGAGCUCUGGUCACAGGUGGUCAGACUGAGAAAUGAGAACCAGAGUCUGAUAGACAGGUUAAACUAUGUGUCAGAGAGCCAUGACAGGGUUGUGCAGGAGAACACUAAGCUCAAGGAAGAAGCUUCUGAUCUUCGCCAAACGCUCAUAAACCUUCAAAUUGGCAGCCCUUAUAAUAUUAAUGCUACCACCUUCAGAGAGCUGGAACCCGAGGUGCCCUGCAACACAGCUCAUCUCAGAGCUGAAUCUUCAAACCAAUCCAUUGCUGCAUCAGCUGACUUGCUCCAUUGAGAUAGAUGACAAUUACUAUUUUCUCAUUAUGACAUAGCUACUUUAUGUUCCCUUUGUUCACUAUAAUUGCUAUUCAGUUUUUUCCUUCACUUUACCGUAUGAGAUUAAAAGCAAAACAGACCGUGCAAGA